AGGUGAUGAUCUAUCGCUUUGUCACCAAAGCUUCUGUGGAGGAGAGGAUUACACAGGUGGCAAAGAAGAAGAUGAUGCUCACCCACCUGGUGGUGCGGCCGGGUCUUGGCUCCAAGACUGGCUCCAUGUCUAAGCAAGAGCUCGAUGAUAUCCUUAAGUUUGGAACAGAGGAGUUGUUUAAAGAUGAACUUGGAGAGGGAGAUAACAAGGAGGAUGACAGCAGUGUGAUCCACUACGAUGACCACGCAAUCGAUCGCUUGCUCGACAGGAACCAGUCUGCUACAGAUGACACUGAGAUUCAGAGCAUGAAUGAAUACCUCAGCUCCUUUAAAGUGGCCCAGUACGUGGUCAAAGAUGAAGAAGAUGAGGAGGAGGAGGUGGAAAGGGAGGUGAUCAAGCAAGAGGAGAGUGUUGAUCCUGAUUACUGGGAGAAGUUGCUUCGUCACCACUAUGAGCAACAGCAGGAGGAUCUCGCCCGCAAUCUGGGCAAAGGCAAAAGAACUCGAAAACCUGUGAACUAUAAUGACGGCUCCCAGGAGGACCGAGACUGGCAGGAGGAUCAGUCAGAUAACCAAUCUGAUUACUCAGUGGCCUCAGAGGAGGGCGACGAAGACUUUGAUGAACGGACAGAAGGUAACGAAACUGUUGAAUUCACUGCUUGUUUUACCAUGUGUGUCCUUCUGUGGUAAAGUAGCUUCUCUCUUACUCUGUAAUAAUAAAUGUUGUAUUCAUUGAUGUGGUCAUUGUGCUGCUCUUUAACUUCGCAUCCUAACAAUUUGGAGGUAGUUCAUGCUUAUGAAUUUACAGAUUAUAAAUAAUCUCAACACUUAAAGCCCCAUUUGUGUCAUUCACUAACAUCCUUCAAACCAUCCCUGCAGAUCUUUAUUCAGACUCAGACGACAGCUACGAUAUCCACAUUGACAACUUCAACAACUCAGGAAACAGCACUUGUUGCUGCAUCAUCUGCACAGAGCGUAGAGA